AUGGACGAUGAUAUCAACGAGGAAUACUUGCCUAGAAGAGUCCCUUUGGAGGCUCACAUCAUGAGCAAGUGCCCGGACGCAAGAGACUGUCUUCACGACCUUGUCCUUUCUGCCAUGGUCAACGUCAGCAACCUCGUUGACUUCAAGCUGUCUUAUAUUGGAAAGACUUCUGAGGAUGACGGUGUUGCUUGCCUCCAUGGCCCAUCUGAGUGCCUUGGAAACUCCAUCGAACUCUGUGCAGCUCACCUCUACCCCAACCCUAAGGUCUACCUUGGCUUUACUAUGUGCAUGUCCCGUAAUUACUCCGAGAUUCCUUCUGAAGAUCUCGCCAAGGAUUGCGCUCUGGAGCACGGAAUGGACUUUGGCAAGCUGAACCACUGUCUGAGUGUUGACGACGGAGAGUACUCUCGGGAGCUCCUCAAGAAGUCUGUCCAGAGAAGUGCUGAGAAGGGGGUCACCAAGAGCUGUACUAUCAGAGUUGAUGACAAGAACUGGUGCAUCCGCGACGGUGGAAAGUGGACCGACUGUGAGAACGGCUCCGAAGUCAAGGACCUUGUCGAGGAGAUCUAUGAUCUGAGAUGGAAGCACAGCAGUGCCUACCAAGAGUAG